CCGCCAACCAACAAAACCCGGCACCAACAAACGAACCAAACACCGCCAAGACUUCCAACCCUCCUCCACCUCGCACGCACGCACACUCGCUCGCUUGUUCGCUGACUCGCUCGUGCUGCUGGACUGGCAUCGCCCGUGCUGUCGUCAUCGCAGCCUCGCUGCCGUGGUUCAUUUCGCUUCGUCCAUCCCCCCCCACGCCUCAACUAGCAACAAACAACAACGAGGCUGGACCAACGUGCUGAGACUCGUGUUGGCUGAGCCUGCUCGAUUCGCUCGUUUGUGGUUGUUCUUUCCGAUCGCCCUCGCAUUGCGUCGCGUCGCAGCCGACCGCCGCCUCCAACAACAACUAUGGAGAAUUACGAUGUCAUCAAGCGACUCGGUAAGGGUGCGCAGGGAUCUGUGUUCCUUGUCGAAGACAAGCGUGGUGCUGGCAAGUUUGUCAUGAAGAAGGUCGAAUGCAACGAUGAGGCUGAAGCUGAGAAGGCCUUCAAAGAGGCCCUUGCGUUGGAGACGCUCUCCCACGAGUACAUCUGCGGCUAUCGUGAGCUGUUUGUGAACUGGGACCGUGAAGAGGCCACCAUGUUCGUCUGCAUUGUCAUGGACUACUACGAAGCAGGUGUGUGUUUACAACUCAUGCCAGCGCACCACUCAGAUGCGCGCGCGCGCGCGCGCGUGUGUGUAGUCCAAAAGCAUUUCGCGCGUGUGUCCAUAUUCACACCACGCUGCGACUGUGUGCAGGUGAUUCAUCGCGAUCUGAAACCAAGCAACCUCUUCAUGACAAACGACCUCGAUAUCCGCCUUGGCGACUUUGGUGUGGCCACUGUGAUGGAGGGCGCAAAGACCAAGACCCGCACGACCGUCGGCACGAUGAAUUACAUGGCGCCCGAGGUGCUCGAGCGGCCAUACAACGAGAAGUCGGACAUCUGGUCUCUCGGAUGCAUUGUCCUCGACGCAGCAACAUGCGGCUUCCUUGACCACGGUCAGGCGCAGUCGCUGCUGUUUGAGGUGAAGCACAAGCCGCACCGACUGGAGGAGGCGCUCAAGGAAGUUGAGCGCUCCUACUCAAAGGACCUCUGCCAGACGAUCCGAACGAUGCUGCGUCGCAACUUUCACCAGCGGCCGUCGGCGGUGGAGCUUGUCCAGCUGCCCUACAUCCGCUCGUGCCUCCAGCUCUCCCAGUCCGCCCUCGUCGAGGGCCAGAGCACUGCCAGCCACCAGACGGAUGUCAAGCCAACCACCACAAAGCGCAUUCCAAACAAGCUGCCUGAGAUUGCAGAGUUCCUUGAGACCAACUUUGACCGCAUCGGAUGCCAGGUUGCGGGCCUUGAGGAGGCGGCAAACGUGGCGGCGGCAACGGGUCCUGUUCCCCGCGGCGCUCUUGUGGAUCGCAUCCACAAGGCCAUGAACAAGUUUGUCAACAACAUCUUCGUCCAGAUUGCAGGCAUGGAGUGCAUCAAGAGCCUGGCCGCUGCCGACGAGGGCGAGCCAGAGGUGCGGAGUGAGGAAGUGAUCAAGCCGGUCCUCAUUGCCAUGCGCUCUCACCCCGGCUCCAAGGAGCUGCAGAAGCUGGCGUGCGAGACGAUCAUUGCCAUCGCGUCCACGGAGGACUACGCCCAGGCCAUUGGCCAGUAUGGCGGAGUGCAGGAUGUGCUGAUUGCGCUGCGGGACAACGUCAACGACGCCAGCAUCGCCGAGCAGGCCUGCCGCGCCCUCUUCAGCCUCACCGUCUGUGAGGAGAACGGGAUGAUCAUUGCUGAGGAGCGCGGGCUGGAGGAUGUGCGCAGCGCCAUGGAGUCGUUCAUCGACAAUCCGACAUUCAUGACCGCAGCUGCUUCCGUCCUCUGGACGCUGUCUGCGAUUGACGAGCUGGUCGAUGCGAUUGUCGAGCUCAAGUGCAUCUCCCUCAUGACUGUCGCAAUGGCAAACCACGUCGAGAAUGCAGAUCUUGUGCGCGAAACGCUCAAUGCCCUCGGCAGUCUCGUCGUUGACGAGAUGUGCGCGUAUGCGUUCUGCGACCGGGACGAGAGCGGCGACAGUCUCGGUGCCGUCGACGAGGCCAUCCAGGCGCACAUCAAGAGUGCCGAGAUUUGCGAAGCGGCCGUGUCGCUGUUGGCGGAGCUCGCCGAGCACGAUGACCUGCGUGCGAUGCUGGUUGAGGGCGGUGCUGUUGAGAUGCUGACGCGCGUCAAGGGCGCCUUCCCGGACGACCCCGAGAUUGGCGGCAAAUGCGAGGACGGAACUGCGCUCCUCGCUGCGUGACACACACACACACACACACACACACACACACACACACACACACA